AUGACAGUUAUUAUUUAUUUUUUUCUCGUAUUGUUUUUUGUUUCACAAAAUGUGGUAGAUUCAAAACAAGCCUGGGAAAUUAAUGAAGAAUAUUCAGAUGGUGGAAGUUCAGUUUUUGGAGAUAUGAGUGAGUUAAAAUCAGAUUUUUUUUUCGAAAACAAGUUUUUUUUCAGUAUUGACACCUGCUCAAUUACUUCGAUAUGAAAGUGGAGAAGAUAAAACAAUUCGAGGUGUUUCAGUCAAAGCAUCUUCCUAUAAUCGAUGGGAGAAUAACAUAAUACCUUAUUUCAUAUCUCCACAAUACACUUCACAACAGUAAGUUUUUCCACUGAAGAUUACUGUAUUUUUUUUCAUGAACUUUUUUUUUUUUAGAAAAGCGGUUCUUCUGUCAUCAAUCAGAUAUUUCGAGCAAGUAUCUUGCUUCAAAUUCAUUGAAAGAUCUAAUCAACGAGAUUAUAUUUUCAUAGUUCCACUUGAUGGAUGUUAUUCGUAUGUGGGAAAAAUUGGUAAGAAGUUUUUUCAGAAAUUGAGGUUUUCAAAAUUUUCUAUAUUUUAGGUGGUCGUCAAACUUUAUCUCUUGCAAUCGAUUGCAUCGCGGAUUAUAUAAUUUGGCAUGAAUUGAUGCACGCGAUCGGAUUUGAGCAUGAACAUCAGCGGCCAGAUCGAGACUCGUUUAUUCGGGUUGAUUAUCAGAAUGUUAUUCCAAAUCAAUUGAGUGAGUUGAUUCGAAUUGAAAAUAAGUCACGGUAAUUUUCUUCCAGUUAACUUCGACAAACUCUCAUCGAAUCUUGUUGAUUUUCCUGAUAAUUAUGACUAUAAAUCAAUAAUGCAUUACGAUGGUUAUGCAUUUGGUAAAGUUGAUCAAGCAAGGAGAAUUCGAUUAGCAACAAUGACACCGCUCAGAAAUGGAAUCAAAUUGGAUGAUAACACGCGAUUUAGUGCAACUGAUAUUCGAAAAUUGAAUCGGUUAGGAAAAUGUAGAUCAGUUGGAACAAAUGCAAUCAGUGGAUCAAGAGAUUGUGUUGAUGCGUAUUCGAAUUGUGAAGGACAUCGAAAAGUGAGUAUUUUUCAAUUCUGGGAAAAAAAAACAAAGCGAAAUUUAAGAAUGGAAUGUGUCAAAAUUCUUUAUAUCGCCGGGCAAUGAUUGCAAAUUGUCAAAAAACUUGUGGAUUCUGUAACUCUUCACGAGACCCAAUAGAAAAUUCUACACCUACCUCUCCUUCAAAUUCCACUUCAACUUCUACUUCCUGUCAAGAUUCUGAUCCAAAAUGUUCAAGUUACGCAGAAAACGGGUUUUGUGAACACACUUUUUAUGAUAUCAAUAUCAAAGCAGAACGCUGUGCUAAAACUUGUAAAUUAUGUAAAUAA